AGAGUGUGGUAUAAUAAAGCAUGUGCAAUCAAAGUAAUAAUUGAUUCCUGGUUUGCAGGCACAUGUGUGUGCAUGGCCGAGCCACACAGUGACGUGGCCGAGGCGCUUUAAAGGUCUACACUUCUCCAGUUUCAGAGUCGUCUGUCGAGGUCUGGCUGAUGUCAGCCAGGUUGAGUUGAUGAUGAUGUCAUCGGAGCACCUGACCUGUGGUUGGCUGCAGCAGCUGCUGGUCGUACUUCUGAAGCUGUGCCUCGCUCUCGCUGGGCCUUCGAGAUCACCUGAUGGGACCGAAUGCACAGCCAAGGGUCCUGCUUCCUACAUCCUGGUCUUUACAGGUCACUGGAGUCCACAGGCCUUCCCCAAACAGUAUCCACUGUUCCGUCCCCCUGCACAGUGGUCCAAGCUCAUAGCGGUCAGCCACACUCGUCAUUUUCGGCUGUGGGAGGAGGGCGCCCCAGCCAGUGCAGGGGUUCAGAUCUUUGCUGAACUUGGGCUGACGGUGGAGCUGAUGAAGGCGGCCAAGGAAGCCAGGAAAAGACGCACAGUUGGCGCCAUGUACCGAACGGCCGGUAUCCCUGACGGCAUUGGGCACAGCUCCACGGAGCUGCUCAUGCAGCCCCGGAGCUCACUGUUGUCUCUGAUGGUGAAGCUGAUCCCCAGCCCUGACUGGUUCGUCGGUGUGGACAGUAUAAACCUUUGCGAGGGCAGCCAGUGGAAACAGGAAGUGACCAUUGACCUCCAGCCGUAUGAUGCAGGGACGGACAGCGGAUUCACUUUCUCCUCUCCUAACUUUCCCAGCAGCCCCCCAGAAAACAUCACAAUGAUCACAUCUCAGAUGCCAAACCACCCGGCCAACUCCUUCUACUAUCCGCGCUUAAAGGAGCUUCCACCAAUCGCCAGCAUAAGGAUCACUCGACAGAGCGGAUCACCUGACCGCCAAUCCUCAAUGUCCAAUCACAUUCUGCCCAACUCUAUCAAUCCCCAGCGCUUCUCAGUGACACCACUGGACUGUGAAGUGUCUCUCUGGUCAUCCUGGGGUUGGUGUCUGGGUCCCUGCUCUAGAGGUGGUGUUCGCCACCGCACCCGCUACAUCCUUUUGCGGCCGGCCAAUGCUGGGACCCCCUGCCCUGAGCUGGAGGAACAGGCUGAGUGUGUACCACACAGCUGUAUGAAACUCCAGUAACCUGCAGAGUGCACUGUCACAGACGCUGCCAGUAUUCAACACUGACUCUCAUGUUAUCACUGCUGGACUGAGAAACGUUGCUGCAUCUCGAGCAUCUUCUUGAAAAUGCAGAGGAUUGUUUUGUGUUUGUUACAGCCAAGUUGGGGGAAAUUAAAGACUUGCUGCAUCGUCUAUGGAGCACAUUAUCUUUAAGAGUGUACGCUCCUCUAGGUGAAUUUUAAUGACAAUAACAAGGGAUUUUUAAGUCAUUGUUACACAUUGCCCUGGAAGGAGAAUAGAGUUACUCACAGGGAGACACACGGCCUGCGUUUUCUCAAAAGCUUUUACACCUAUCAUUGUUUGUUCAUUUCCCACAACAUAUGUAUUUAAAGUGCACAUGGAUGGUGGCUCACCAGAGUCAAAAAUGUGUAUGUGCACACAGAAAUGUGCACACAAAGGUCCUUGAACAUACUGCACACUUACAGGCAUUAGUUUACAUAGGUAACACAUCCAUGCUUGACACAUGCAGCUCAAAAAUAACCUCACACCCUGAUUUUUAAAUAUCAUCUACAAAAAUGAAAAAUGAAUAGCUGACUUGAAGCAUAGAGCCAGCAUGAAGACCCAAUUUGUAACAAGAUGCAGGUUUUUAUUAAAAAGUAAGGAUAAAUAUUUGUUUUAUCAUCUCUUUUGAUAUUUUAAUGUUGAUAUUUUGUAUAUACUGUAUAAUGUAUCUUAUCUUGUAUAACUCAUGAAUAAAUAUGGUGGUGUUUUUCAGUCGGAA